GAGGACUUUGCUCGGAGGAAAGUGGAGAGAGCGGCCAUGAGAAGCCACAUGAGACAGAAGUACCAGCUUGGCCAGGGAACGGCUGGGAAGGAUGGAGACCGUCAACAUCUACCUCCCCAAGGACAUUGCUCUGCUCUUUCAGUCGGAGGGGUCUUUACCCAAGAGAAUGAUGCUGGAUGCCUGGGUGGCCCACCGGGAAUAUCGGAACCAGCAGCGUGGGAUCUUCCUGAUGAAUGGAGAGCAAUGGAGAAAGGAUCGACUGGUCCUGAAUAAGGAGGUAAUCAGUCCAAUCGCUGUCAGUAAGUUUGCCCCUCUCCUGGAGGCAGUGACGCUGGACUUCACACGCUAUAUUGACCAACGUCUGGAGGCAGGUGAUGGUGUCACAGAGGUCAACAUGAUGCCCGAUCUCUUCCGAUUCGCUCUGGAGUCCAGUUUCCAGAUGUUGUAUGGAGAACGACUCGGUUUGUUCGCUGACCAAGCGUGCCCCAGCUCCGAGCGAUUCAUCAGAGCGAUCGAGAAGAUGUUGAGUACGACCAUCCCCCUGCUGCAUCUGCCAGUGAAGCUGGUGAAGUGGCUGAACAUCAAACCCUGGAGAGAUCAUGUGGCAGCAUGGGACACCAUCUUCGAGCACACUGACCAGUGUAUCCAGCGGUUCUCCCAGAAGAUGAAGAAUGUUCCGGAAGCACAGUGGCAGUACUCGGGAAUUUUCGCAGAACUCUUACUUCACUCCAAGCUCCCGCUUGACACGAUCAAGGCCAAUGUGACGGACCUGAUGGUUGGGAGUGUCGAUACGACGGCACACAGCCUUCUAUUCACACUAUUUGAGCUGGCACGAAACCAGACCCUCCAAAGCACACUUCGCACUGAAGUCACUGCGGCGUACCAAGAGGCUCACGGUGAUGUGUGUAAGUUACUGCGCUCAGUUCCACUGCUCAGGGGAGCAAUCAAAGAAACUUUACGACUGUACCCCGUUGGACUCACUCUGCAGCGUUAUGCAGCUAAGGACAUGGUCAUUCAGAACUACCACAUUCCAGCUGGUACUGUGGUGCAGGCUGGGAUUUACUCUCUGGGUAGGAACCCCGAAAUCUUCCCCGAUCCUGAGAGUUACGACCCGAGGAGGUGGUUAACCAGUGAGAGCACCCACUUCCAGGCCAUUUCCUUUGGGUUCGGGAUGCGCCAGUGUAUUGGACGCAGAGCUGCGGAGACGGAGAUCAGCCUCUUUCUAAUCCACAUUUUAAGAAAGUUCCAGAUUGUCACAAGGUCCAAAGCUGAUGUCAAACUAAUUUAUGCGUUCAUCGUGAUGCUGAAUGACCCGCCUCUGCUUGCCUUCAGACCCAUUGACCUACAGGAGCAGAGCGUACUGACCAAGGGCCCAUACUGCUCCCAGCUCCAGGCCUAACACUCCACAGUAGCACUGCCUCACUCUGGUGCUCCAUUGUAAUGACGAUAUGUCUCUCUCUCUCUCUCUCUCUCUCUCUCUUUCUCUGUUUGCCUGUCUAGGUAACUGAGUGUUAGUUGUUUUCACAGGGUGACAUAGUGCAGGGCUGAUCGACAGACUCACGGGGCA